AUGACAGAAGAAUUACUACGAGGACUAUGCUCGGGCUUAAUAUCUGUACGUGCAACCGAAAGAAAAAAAAAUGCAGAAUCUUUAAAAGAAUUUCUUAAUAGAAAUGCUGGGCCUUCAUUUCUUACUAAUAAUACUUUAAAAAAGUCAGGAUACACAUGGAAUCAUCUUUUCAAUGAUAUUAAUGAUUAUAUAAUGAAGGAAACAGAAAAAUAUGAAACAGCGAAAACUUUUCAUACUGUUACUGCACCUCUUUGUACAAGUCUCUUACACUUGUGUGUAGCUGGUGCUAACAAAGGCCGUGCAUAUAUAAAAUGUGAAAGGAUAACUGAAGCUUCUUUGAAUAUAUUAAAUGAUAGUCGUCUAAGAAAGGCAAUUGGAGAUGCCUAUUUAAUCUUAUUAUAUAAACAUGUUCUACCAUAUGACUAUUAUUUAGGCUACAUAACACCAUCUACAUGGGACAGUUUACUGGAUGUGAGCAUAUCAGCAUGCCUUACUGACAAUUCCUCAUUAGACGAAUUAGUAAAAAUAAGACUCCUGUUGUUUAUUGUGAAAAAUGCUCGCAACUGCUGCCAAUUUGCGAUACCUUUACGAGAUUCGUUAUCGAGAGUAAAAAAAUAUUUCCUAAAAAUAUACAAUGAUAAAAAAGUACAAGAAUUUAUUAUGGAAAUUAUUGUAUUAUUGAUUGAUUCGCUUUACGUUGAGUGCCGUUUAACAAUAUGCGAGUUCACUGAAUCUCUCUUACCUAUAAUAUUCAAAUUUUAUGAAGCAAGCAUGGUGGACAAAAAGAAGGUUUUGCUGUUUAAGUUACUUAGAAUGGUAAUCACAAUACAUCACCCAUUGGGAGGUAAUAAAAGUAUGGAAGGUUUUUUGGCAAACUGUUGGGAAACGUGGAGGCGGCUUUUGCAAGGUAUAUUAGAAAUUGUUUGCAUGGAGAUAAAUUGUGUACAAAGGAUGCGAAAGCAGAACGAGAUUAUAUUCCAGUGCCGAGACUUUUACUAUGUAGCGUCUUCAGCUUUUUAUCAGACUUUUGAUUCAGUAGACAGAGCGAUAGAAUUAGAAGAGGCGGGGACUUCCGCUAAAAAGCAGAAACUAUCAUUCAAUAAAAAUAAGUCAUUUUCAGAUCUUCUAGAGGAACUUCGCAUCAAUUCUGAUCCUUGGAUUGGCAUUAUACUAAUGUAUGUAAAACAUUAUAGCUUCUCAAUAUCGUUUGAAGAUCAUUUAUCGCUAUUAACAAUCCUAGAAGGUGUAAUUACAAGCAACAAUAAACAUGUAAAUUGGGACUGCAUGCAGGAUCUUACUUGCUUUGUGAUUCAAAAAAUUAUGUCGCAUCCAGAGUAUAAAGAAAAUUGUAAUACUCUUUCGUCUUUUUGGAGUGUAUGUGUAAGAAAUGCAACCAUAGCUAAUACUUCACACAAAGCUAUACACACAAUUAUGCAUUUUAUUUUAAAUGUAACACCAUUGAAAUAUCAUAAUAUACAGCCUUUGCUUGCAACUUAUAUUGAUAAGGGAAUGCCAGUAAACGACCACAGCUUGAUGACAAUAAACAUUUUAUUCAACAAAUUUUAUAGAAAAUCAUGUAAUUUAGAAGAUAGGAAAAGAUACUUUGCGUGGUUAACUCAGAGCAGUUUGUUACCGUUAAACUGUGAAAUAACCAGCGAAUUUCUAAUAAGACUAUUAUGCAAUGAAAACUUUCCUACGAAAAUUAGAUGCAAGCUAAAUUCUGAACACCCAGAUGUUUACAAUGUGAUAUUUUUUCAUAUGGGCAAAAGCAUUUUAUAUAAUGAGUUUGAAUAUGAGAUUUUAAGUUCUAAUUUGAGCACAAAAGAUACGUUUGAAUUAUUUGAAAUAAAUUCUGAUAUGUAUAAUAUAAUAGUAGCUUACUUGGAGCAAAAUUUAGUUAAUUGUACCAAUGGCCUAAUGAAUGACGAUAUUAGGUGCAUUGAUUAUGUGAAACACAUCACAGCGAUAGUAACAUUUUUGGAUACGCUUCUGAAAUGUCACUUAAAAACAAUAAAUGAAAUUAAAGCUAUGCCCUUAUAUACAGUAUGCUGCAAUGCCUUUAAGAACAUAUAUAGGUCCUUAACUGAAACGUUAAAAUCUGAAAUACAAGUGAGAGAUAAAAUCGCUCUUGUAAAAGCCGUACAGAAUGUAUUACUAAAUGAGUAUAGUUAUAUAUUAAAUGUUGUAACAAGAAAAUACAUAAAUGAAGAAUGCUUCCAUUGCAUUUAUAAAAUUAUAAGCCAAGAUGUUACUUCGGACGAUGCUGAUAUGUAUGAGGAUGACGUCGAAUUUAACGCAGUCGGCUUAAAGCAGAACUGCAUGUAUUUAAUUUCAGCUUAUUGUAGGAAGCACAGCGAUUAUACUGACGAGCUUGUUAAGCGUGUUCUUGACAACGACUUAUAUAAUUUCGGUAUAAGUGCUGAAGUGGACUGUGCCAUUCAAUGUAUUACUAUACUAAUUGAUGGAGUAGUAGAAGGAUCUUGUUUAGAAUCAAUUUUCAGUUUGAUGCAAGAUAUGUGUAGAAUACUAUUCAGAAGUACAACAGCAACUCGUGGUAUUCUUAGAACAUUAUUGAGUAUACUCGAGUCGAUUUGGUCCCAAGGAGAUGAUUUAAUGCGACAGAAUUGUCUUAUAAUGAUAAAGAGCUAUUUGCAGAGAUGUCAAAAAAUGCCACCCGAUGUUGCUGCCUUAGUGUACGAGUGUGUGGCAAAAGUAAUUAGAUUGAAUAAAGGGCAGGAUGCUGACUUGCACAGUUUUUUCACAGAGGCUCUGACGGGUAGCAUAGUGGGCGAUAAUCAUUGUAUACGACUGUACUCCUGUCAUCUAUUGACCGUUAUAGCUGAAACUUAUGGUGAUGAUGAUAUCAAAAGCUUAUCAGAUCAUUUGUCUAACAUAUUUAAAAUAAAUGUUUCCGAUCAAAACCAAACAAUUCUAAGAGACGAAUCAAUGAACAGAGCUCUUACAGUUUUGCGAUGCUUUUAUUUAUUGGGUACUACGAAAACAUCCUCCAUACACGAUUUUAUUUUCAAAGUGCUUUUAUUUGAAAAUGAAAAAUCAAUGGACAAAAAAAUAGUCAAAAAAGUAUUGAAUAUGCUGACCCAAACUGUAAUGUCUACUACAAUCAAUGAUUAUAUGAAUAACAAUAUAUUACGAAUACUCAGUUAUUGGUUUGGCAAAAACAAAACGUUUGAAAGUUUACCAAUUUACUUAUUUGGUUUUGAAAAUAUGGAUGAUUUUAUGGAGAAACACAUGAAGUGGCUAGUUUCCACUGACGCAUUGUGGAGAACCAACGGUGUAGUGACGGAUAGUAGUGUUAUAAAGCGUAUAAAGGUUCAAACUCAGAAAUCAGAUGCAGACAUUAUAGAGAUCAGUUUUUGCAACAUUAUAACGCUCUGUCUGCCCUACGUUGUAAUGGAAAAGUACAAUUUGGAGAAUGAAAGGCAACACUUGAAAAUUGCGAAAAGUGCAAUUAAAAUAUUUCAGUCUACAAGACUCAUCUUGAAAAACGAAAAAUGGAGUAAUUUAUUCGUCGAGAAUUUGGGAGAAUUGAUAUAUUUAACGGCAAAGCAGGUGUGGGAUGUCCCAGAAGCUUCCAAACUUUUCAAGUUAAAUCUGCAAAAUGAAGCUGAUUCGUACACAUACUCUAAACAUGUUUUUUCUGCAAUUCUAAAGUAUUUUGGAGAACUGAUUGAUGAAAAUAUAAUGCCAUACCUUUGCAAGGACCAACCAUUACUUAUUCUCAAUAUUCUUUUCAAACUGUGGGAUAAUGUAUUGGUUGAGAAAGUUUUCGAUUUUAAAGGAUGUGCUCUUCACGCAUAUUUAUCGUUUGUGGAAAGUAUUCCCUUAGGAUACUCGUCUGAUGCAUUAUACUGUAACUUUUUGUUUGCGAGUUUCACAUAUGCUAUUAAAAAUUCCGAAAACAAAAGAGAAGUUCAAAUAUUUGUUGAAGGGUUAAGAGUAAUUAUCUCAAAAAUAAUAAACCAUGCCCCAAAGACUAUUGAUAAAGUACAGAAAUCAAACAUUUCUAAUGUCGUUUCUGUUUUGAAUAUUAAAAUGGAAAAAGGAUAUUAUGAAGAAUGUGAUUCCCUACUAAAAUAUCUUACGAAAGAUAUGAAAGAUGAUAUAAAUGAGAGCAUCGAUGUGAUAGAUUGUAUCAAUUUAAUGACUCAUGAUGUAGAAACAAAUAUUACAAAGUAUGAGUUUUCUAAUAAACUUAAGGCAUAUAUGUUAAGUUUGUCGAGUGCAAGCCUUAGUACCAUUACCAGAAUGUGUCAAUUCUUAAAGGAAAACAAGUCAUUUGUAAUGGAGCUGUAUACAGAUGUAGACAGUAAAGGCUUUUCGGAAAAUUGCAAAACGAGCCUAAUACAUCAAGUCGUUUUUACUUUGACAAAUUUGCUAAAAACAAGCACUGAGGAAAAAAUAAUCAUAGAGGCAUGUAAUUGUUUAGCAGAAGUUUGUACGUACGAUUUGAAAACGCUAGUCACAGUUCCGCCGCCGGAUACUAGAAGUAUAAUGGAUCUGAGCCCGAAGCAAUAUUUUGCUAAUUUGGUUUUAGAGUCUCUCCUGAAGCAUAUAUUUGACGAGGACCCCAUUGUUAGCAAGAAAAUAACCCACGCCCUGAGCGAUCUUCUAAAGUACCGUGAUGGUCAACUAGCAUUAGAAAUGGCGGGCGUCGACAAAGCAAUACUGCAAUCACUUUCCGCAGUUGACUGUCAAAUAUACGCUGAAUAUAAAAUUGAUAAUUCUAAAUUUGAUAACUACAACGCGGAAGAAUUUUGGGUUCCUAACAAUAAUGAAAGUCACUUGGAAUGGAUAGCACGAAUAACAGCGGCCCUAUUAGAUUUAAUUGUUUCUUCUAGUAAUUAUUUAAAAUAUAUUCGCUCUGUUUGCAUCGUAAAGCCAACAUUUUGCUGGAAAAUUAUGCCAGCUCUAAUGGGAUUAAUACUUACUUGUUCGACCAGCAUUCACCUUAACAUAUUUUCGGAGCAAAUCAAAAAAGUUUUUGAAUAUAUAUGCGAGAAAAGUUAUACAAGUUCCGAAAACAGCGAGGACAGCAAUAUUUUAAAAGAAUCACAUAAAUUGAAUAUGGAUGAUAAAAUGAUCGUUGAAUAUAUGUUGAGCAUUGUAGACUUUGUUCGGUUGCAAACUACUCACUAUAAAACGAGUGCACGCAAGCGCCCCUGGAACGCGACGCAGCACCUGCAGCUGGAGUACUCGCGCGUGGCGCGCGCGGCGGCUGCGGCGCAGCAGCACUGGCCCGCGCUGUACUACGGCGAGCUGCACGCCGCGCGCCACGGCCCCGCGCGCCUGCAGGACGUGUUUAGGAGGAGCUACGUAGCGAUCGGUGAAAUAGACGCGGUGGACGGAUGCGGAAUAGAGCACCUGACGAGCGAGCAGGAGAAGCGCAAGCACUUGAUGAGCACGGGGCAGUACGCGGACGCGCUGCUGCUGCACGACAUCGCGCUGUCCCGCUCGCACGCGGGCGCGCCGUCCCGCUCGCACGCGGCCGGCGCCGUGGCCUGCCUGCACCGCGCCGGCAUGCACCACCUUGCGCUGCGCUACAUACACUCCUACCCGGAGAACGAGGACCUCGACGAUAUCAAGUACGACUGCCUCUCAUAUUUAGGAGAUUGGAGCGACUUUGUCGAUACUACAGAGUUAGAAACGAAGUCUAAACAAGGAGCUAAACAGAAGUCUAUUAUAAAAGCUAUGAGAUACGCUUGUCUCAAAGACUGUAUAAACAUUCAGCCGACUAUCGAAACCGUCAUUAAACUUGAAAAUUCUUUGAAUAGAGCCAAAUUGGCGGCGGCGAAGUUCUGUCAAAAUCUAAAUAUGGAAAAUUGUCAAAGUGUGUACAAAGUGGUCGGAUAUUUACACCUGUUCCGUGACAUUGAAAAUUAUUUCUCGGUGAGAUGUGACAAAAAGUCGGUGUCUAGUCUCAUCGAAGAGUGGAAAGUAGAUAACCUCCCCGCUUUUAACGAUUUUAAACAUCUCGAGCCUUUGAUAUCGCAAAGAAGCUUAUUACUCGAAAAUAUUGCUAAAACAGAUUCGAUAUUUUUAUCCAGUGUAAAUGAUUUACAACUGCAAUACGCUGAGUUAGGGCUUAAAAAUAACAGAAUACAAAUGGCUCAAAGGCUCGUAGCAGCUGUGAAAACCGAUGAAACGUCCAUGAAAGUUGUUCUAUUGGAAAGUCAGAUAUCGUGGGCCAAAGGCCACAAGGAUAUCGCCCUCUCGCUCCUUCGUAGUGUCGUUUCACAAACAUCAGAAGACCCAAAACUGACAGCAAUAUCCUUAAGGCAAUACGGUCUAUGGAUGUCAGAAUGUAAACGUGAAAGCUCAAGCGAUAUUCACGAAUAUCUGAAGAAGAGUCUCGAAGCUUUAAGUGGUAACGACGACGUGGACACGCGCCUGAAGGUCUAUUACGACAUCGCAAAAUUCGCCGAUGCCGAAUACAAACAGGUGGUAGCGUAUAUGGAAUCCUCUGUAUUUGAAAAUAAAGUCAAAUGCGUUGAAAGUAUGAAAGGCACUGCAGAGUCUUUAAAAACUUCACAGCAAACUGUCACCAGAGACGAGGACAGAGCCUACUUGCGAGUCAAAUACAGAGUUAAUUACGCCUUUGGAGAAUUGGAUGAAGCAGAAAUAGCUAGCACUAGAGCUGAAAAAGAAAACUUUUUAAAAUUGGCUAUGAGAUAUUACCUUCUGUCGCUGAAACAGAGUGACGAAAACGACCUGUCGAUAUUCAGAGUCAUAUCUCUGUGGUUAGACAAUAUUGAUUUUGACUUUGAAGACGAAGAAUUCGAUUUCAGUGAGCUUCUUCACGCAAUACCGUCGUGGAAGUUUAUCGCAGUGUUGCCGCAGCUCGCGCCGCGCCUCUCCAACGAUAGCACCACAUUUGCUGAACACUUGCGGAAUAUCAUGAUGAGAUGCGCGUCGGAGCACCCGCACCACACGCUGCCGAUCCUCUUCAGCCUCAAGAACUCGGACAAGGGCGAGGGCGGCGCGGGCGCGGGGGCGGAGCCCCGCGUGCGCGCCGCCGCCGCCGCGCUGCGCCGCCUGGCCGAGCGCGCGCCGCUCGCCACGCUCGUGCACCAGAUGGAUCUUAUAUGUGAUGCAACUAUAAGUUUUGCUUAUUGCGUGCCGAAGUCGAAGGAUCUGAAGCCGCAAGCGGUGCCCAAGAGCGAGGCCAUAUCGAGGCUCCGCGACCUGAACGCGAUCCCCGUCCCCACCGACACCGUCGCUAUACGUAAAGACUGCGACUACUCUCAUUUGAGCACAUUGAAAUCCUUUGAAAAUUACUUUGAGCUAGUGGGCGGCGUAAAUUAUCCGAAGAAGAUAUCUUGUAUGAGUUCCGACGGCAAGAAAAGAAUUCUUCUCAUAAAGGGCAAAGAUGAUAUGAGACAAGAUGCUGUGAUGCAGCAGGUGUUCAACAUAGUAAAUACUUUACUGGAGAAAAAUCCUAUCACGAGAAGGAACAAACUCUUAAUUCGCACAUAUAAGGUGGUGCCGCUGUCGCGGCGCGCGGGCGUGCUGCAGUGGUGCGCGGGCACGGUGCCGCUGGGCGCCUACCUCGUCGCGGCGCACGCCAAGUACCGCCCCGAGGAUAUUACGCCUACAGCCGCUCGCAAUAAACUCAAGGCCUGUCACGACAGUAGAAAAUCAAAUAAACAUAAACUGGAAGUGUUUAAAGAGAUACUGAAAGUAUUCAAGCCUGUGUUCCAUUAUUUCUUCACUGAGCACUACCUCGACCCCGUCACGUGGUACGAGCGCAGGCUCGCGUACACUAAAAGUGUGGCUGCCUCGUCAAUGGUGGGAUACAUUUUGGGUAUCGGCGAUAGACAUGUUUACAAUAUUUUAAUAGAUAAAACAACAGCUGAAGUGAUACACAUUGACUUUGGUAUAGCUUUUGAUCAGGGGAAAACUUUGCCAACACCAGAGACUAUACCUUUCCGGUUGACUCAAGACAUCAUAGCAGGUUUUGGGUCGAAUGGUGUUGAGGGAAGUUUUAGAAGGUGCUGUGAAAAAACUCUGCAAUUGCUACGAGAUAAUCAAGAAACACUGCUUACUAUUCUAGAAGUUCUAUUAUGUGAUCCUUUGUACUUAUGGACAGUACCUACAACGCCAAAUGCAAACACUUCACGCGGUGGCGGCGGCGGAGAGGGGGGGCUGGCGGCGCGCGCGCUGCGGGCGGUGGGCGGCAAGCUGUGCGGCGCGCGCGUGUCCGUGCCCGGCCACGUGGCGCAGCUGCUGCGCGCCGCCGCCGCGCCCGCCAACCUCGCGCGCCUCUUCCCCGGCUGGCAGCCCUACAUG